UGUCUGUCUAUGCGUUUUUGUGUACUACUGCAGUAAGUGAGAGGCGAUACCCAAUAUCGGGGUAGUUGGAAUAGUGAAAAUCCCUUAGAUAAAUAAUUUGAUCGAUAACUAUAUCAAAUACGCCUUUCCCAAAAUGUCCGAGCAACAGAUGGAUUGUGCGCUAGACUUGAUGAGACGACUUCCUCCUCAACAAAUUGAGAAAAACCUCAGCGAUUUGAUAGACUUGGUUCCAAAUCUCUGUGAAGAUCUUUUAUCUUCAGUUGAUCAACCCCUGAAAAUUGCUAGAGACAAAGAAUCUGGCAAAGAUUACUUGCUGUGUGAUUACAACAGAGAUGGAGAUUCGUACAGGUCACCAUGGAGCAACACCUACGACCCUCCACUUGAAGAUGGUUCAAUGCCUUCGGAAAGAUUGAGAAAACUAGAAAUAGAUGCAAAUCACGCAUUUGAUCAAUACAGAGAAAUGUACUUCGAGGGUGGUGUUUCAUCUGUGUACUUGUGGGAUUUGGACCAUGGUUUUGCUGGUGUUAUCCUGAUAAAGAAAGCAGGUGACGGGUCCAAAAAGAUAAAAGGAUGUUGGGACUCUAUACACGUAGUGGAGGUGCAGGAGAAGUCACGUAGUGCUCGCUACAAGUUGACAUCCACUGCCAUGUUGUGGCUGCAGACCAAUAAGACAGGCUCCGGUACUAUGAACCUGGGCGGCAGCCUCACCCGACAGGUGGAAUCCGAAGCCAACGUUUCGGAAGCGUCCCCGCACAUUGCAAACAUUGGAAAAAUGGUUGAGGACAUGGAAAAUAAGAUCCGAAACACUCUCAAUGAAAUAUACUUUGGAAAGACGAAGGACAUCGUGAACGGGCUGAGGAGUGUGCAGCCGCUGUCAGACCAAAAGGCUCAAGCAGCUGUUAGACACGAGUUAGCGGCGGCACUGCUGAAGAGAAAUGCUAAGGCUGACAACUGAGGAACACUGGUCUACAUGGACUAGAGAAGAGCAUUAUCUCCGGGGAUGAUAGGUGUCAACAGCCCCCAAAUAUGUGCAAUCCCAAACAAAGGACUUGUUUAUAAACAGCACAAUAAUGUUAUUCGCACAUGUUCUGGACCUUAAACCUCGUCUUGUUAUAAACUAUCUCAAAAAUCAAUACAAUUUACAUUGGCAUGUAUGCCAGUUUUAAAAAUUACGUCAACAUUCUCUAUACCCCAGAAAAUACCAAGUGAAAACUAGAGAUGGUUAUUAUAGUGUAAUUUAAAAAAAUAUUCAUAGUAGCCAGUUUUUAAGAAAGAUGUAUCUCUAUGAAAUCCAAAAUAGCAUUGAGGGAUAAUCCCUUGUGUUAUUUUUAAAAGGCAAGAAUAACAAACUCAAAAUACAUACCAACUGUUAUUGUGUCCAGAUGACGUAUGGGGUAUCAGGGAUUCAGUGGUAAUGAUGUUUCUGUUACAGAAGUGAUCAACUGCAUCAACUAUAUUGUAAUAUUAUAUAUGAUAUUUGUAAAUUUUUAGCUAUAUAUAUAUAUAAAUAUAUUUUAUAAAAAUAAUACAAUAUUAUUUUCUUAUCUUGUUGUGUUUAGAGGUAAAGCUGUUCUUGCUUUGCCUUAAACGCAAGUGUGCUACUAUGUAUAAGUAUGUUAACAUUAAUAUUUAGUUGAACGACUGCAGAGGUUAUUUUCUCUGUAAGUAAAAAGCAUUUUAUUCCAUCCACCAAUUAACUCAUCAUUAAUUUGUUUUUCCGUUAAAUAUUUUAAACAUUAAAUUUAAAGCUAUUUAACUAACUAAUCGAAAGACUUGUUUCUGGUAGAUGCUGUGUAAAGUAUAAUACUAACAAAACUUUUAAACACACUAUCACACAUACUGUAAUACAUUUAGUUCUAAUUGAUAAAACAAGUGCUCUAUUUGUACUGAAACUGAUUUUCCUUUACUUUGUAUAAAAUUAAACGCUGUAUGGUUUAUCAUAAAAAGUAUCAUGUCAGUUUUAUCAUCUCUAUCUUAAUAAAUACUUCCACCUUAAUCACACAACUCAAUGUAAAUCUGAAAAUGUAGUCCCUAUUCUAAUUUUAAAAAAUAUGAAUAUAAAAUCAUUGAUAACCUUCCGAAUACUGGCUAUAUACUUUAUAUUUCAGUCUAAAUACAGACAUUUUUGCCAUGGUAAAUAAAUAGUAAAAAAAAUAAUAUAUAUAAAAUAUACAGUCAAUUAAAAAUGUAUUGUUACUUCCUGCACACAUUAAAAGAUUUAAAUUAAGGUAAUGACCUGUAUUUUCUAAUUGUAUUUCUGACUUGAUAAGCAGACAAAUGUUAGCCAAUAAUAGUAUUAAAUAUUUCAGUAAAAAUCGCCUCAUUCAUAUUUAAAUUGCAUUUCUCCAAAGUAUGCUUUAAUUUAACUUGCUCAUAAGUAUUAUUUAUUUAUUGUUCUACCCUAAGUUAAUUGUUACUGAGGGAAGUAUGUUGUGUAAAAUAAGCUACUUUUAUAAACAAUGGAAUAUCUUAAUAAAGUUAAUUGUUUUGCCAAUAA